GCCUGAGCAAAAUCUUCCAAGUAAAUCAAAGGCUGCACGGAAGAUCAGUUGGAGAUUUCCUGAAACAGAGCAGAAACAAACGCGCAAGUCAGGCCAGCCCUUUGCUCCGGACUUUGACAGGCUUCACUUCGGAGCUCAGGGUGGGGGUGGGGAGGGUCUUCCCCGGGCACAGUUCGGAGCCCCACCUGCGCAUAAAGAGACUCUUUCAAAAUAAAUAAACACACAAAAUCCCCGCAGCCGAGCCGAGCGCCCCUCUCUCCGCCGCUCAGCCCCCGACGUACGUAUCCAGCGCUGCCGAGUCGGAGGAGCGCAAGGCUCCUUCUUGGCGCAGCAACCGACCAACUCCGCGCCGCCGCCGAAAGCGCCCGGCCUGUGGGGCGACCUUGAGCCGUAGACCUCCGACGCCGCCGACGCCGUUGCGAAAAGGCUGCUCGCCGCGCUCGCCUGGCUGGAUCCGGCCCCGGGGCAGCCGCCUGGCGGAGAGCACCGACCGCCUCCCCUCCUGCCGCCGCACGUGGCUGCGCUGAGCCGCCGGCUGCCGGGAGGGGGAAACGGGCAGCUCGGGAGCCGGAGAGGAGAAGCGCAGAGCCGCCAGCAGCGCAAGAGGCGGCGGCGGCGGCGGCGAAGUCUUGGCUGCCCCAAGUUUCCCCGAGCGAAAGGAGCGCGCUGCGAGGCAGGAGGCGGCGCCCGGCAGCAGCAGCAGCCGCGCCCUCUGCUCUCCGGCGCCCAGAGCCACGCACAGCCGGCUUUGCGCAGGAGUCGCUCGGGCAGCAUCCCGGCCAGGCGAGGCUCCGCAGCGCGCACAGCGCUCGUCUUUUCGCGCAGCCGAGAGAGCGAGUUUAAGCCCGGAACAGAUUUCUUUUGGAUUGUUGAAAGAAAUGAGAAGGGCAAGAAAAAAUUCCGGAGAAAUGAUUGGAACAAUAUCUCUCAAAACCCAACAUCUUCGUGUGAUGUUCUGCUUGGGAAUAAUACUCUUGCCAAUGUCUGUAACAUCUAAACAAAAUGUCCCAAGACUUAAACUCUCCUAUAAAGACUUGCUGCUUUCUAACAGCUGUGUUCCAUUCCUGGGCUCGGCGGAGGGGCUGGACUUCCGAACUGUGCUGCUGGACGAGGAAAGGGGCCGGCUGCUUCUCGGCGCUAAGGACCACAUUUUUCUGCUCAGCCUGGUUGAUUUAAACAAAAAUGUAAAGAAGAUAUAUUGGCCAGCAACAAAGGACAAGGUGGAUUUAUGUAAACUAGCUGGGAAAGAUGCACAGACAGAAUGUGCCAACUUCAUCAGAGUCCUACAGCCUUACAACAGGACCCAUGUUUAUGUCUGCGGUACGGGAGCUUUCCACCCGGUCUGUGGCUACAUAGAGCUUGGAACACACAAAGAGGAUGUGGCAUUCAGAUUUGAUGCUCACAACUUGGAGUCUGGGAGACUGAAAUGUCCUUUUGAUCCUCAGCAGCCGUUUGCAUCUGUCAUGGCAGAUGAAUAUCUGUAUUCUGGAACGGCCUCUGAUUUCCUUGGCAAAGACACUGCUUUAACACGUUCUUUGGGUUCGUCACAAGACCACCAUUACAUCCGGACUGAUAUUUCAGAACAUUACUGGCUCAGUGGAGCAAAGUUUAUUGGACUCUUCCCUAUCCCGGACACAUAUAAUCCAGACGAUGACAAAAUCUAUUUCUUUUUCCGAGAAGUUUCUCAAGAUAGCAGCACCUCUGACAAAACCAUCCUUUCCCGAGUUGGCCGAGUCUGUAAGAACGACAUGGGGGGCCAACGCAGUCUGAUAAACAAGUGGACCACGUUCCUGAAAGCCAGGCUCGUUUGCUCGAUCCCAGGUCCAGAGGGAGCAGCUACACAUUUUGACGAGCUACAAGACGUGUUCUUACUUUCUACGAGAGAUGAAAGAAAUCCUAUGGUUUAUGGUGUCUUCACUACCACCAGCUCUGUAUUCAAGGGCUCUGCUGUUUGUGUGUACAGCAUGGCCGAUAUCCGAGCGGUUUUCAAUGGACAUUAUGCCCACAAGGAGAGUCUGGACCACCGCUGGGUUCAAUACGAUGGGAGGAUUCCAUAUCCCAGGCCUGGGACGUGCCCCAGCAAAACAUAUGACCCAUCCAUCAAGUCCACCAGAGAUUUUCCUGACGAUGUCAUUAGCUUCAUAAAACGCCAUCCGGUGAUGUACAAAUCCGUCUACCCAGUAACCGGAGCGCCGGUGUUUUCCCAAAUCAAUGUGGACUACAGACUGACGCAGAUUGUGGUGGAUCGUGUCAUGGCUGAAGAUGGCCAGUAUGACGUCAUGUUCUUAGGGACAGAUGUCGGAACAGUACUGAAAGUUCUGAGUAUAACCAAGGAGAAGCGAGACAUGGAGGAAGUGGUCUUGGAAGAGCUGCAGAUAUUCAAGCAUCCCUCACCCAUCUUGACUAUGGAGAUGUCCCCAAAGCAGCAACAAUUGUACAUUGGUUCCAGAGAUGGAUUGGCUCAGCUCUCGCUACACAGAUGUCACACAUAUGGCAAGGCUUGUGCAGACUGCUGCCUUGCCAGAGACCCCUAUUGUGCUUGGGAUGGAAAUUCAUGCUCCAGAUACACACCAACAUCUAAAAGGCGUGCAAGGAGGCAAGACGUCAAAUAUGGAGACCCAGCUACCCAGUGCGGUGAUACAGAAGAUAGCAUUAGUCAUGAAACCACUGAUGAAAAGGUGAUUUUUGGCAUCGAAUUUAAUUCGACGUUCCUAGAAUGUAUACCAAAGUCCCAGCAAGCCUCCAUCAGGUGGUUCAUUCAACGCUCUGGAGAAGAUCACGAGGAAGAGCUGAAACCGGAUGAAAGGAUCAUCAAGACGGAAUAUGGGCUGUUGAUUCGCAGCUUGCAGAAAAAGGACACGGGGGCCUACUAUUGCAAUGCUCAGGAGCACACCUUUGUGCGAACCGUUGUGAAGUUGAGUUUAAAUGUCAUCGAGAAUGGGCAGAUGGAAAGCUCCCAGAAGACGGAGGAUGAAGAAGGGCGAGGGAGGGAUCUGCUAGCGGAGUCCCGGCUGCGGUACAAGGAUUACAUCCAGCUUCUCAGCAGCCCCAGUUUCAGCCUGGAUGAGUACUGUGAGCAGAUGUGGCACCGGGAAAAGAAGCGUCAGCGGAACAAAGGAGGACCCAAGUGGAAACACAUCCAGGAGAUCAAGAAGAAAAGGAACCGCAGGCAUCACCAGCCGGCCACCCCACACACUGCGCCCGCGUCCACAUAGUCUGCAUAUUUUAUUUAAAGAAAUGACUUUUUUUGCAAAUGAGAACAAUUUUGUUAGUUUUCUGGGCCCUCCCUUUCGAUGUUGCUUCUCUCAGAGAGACCAGUCCAUGCCUAGUCGUUAAUGUAUAUGAGACCCCCCUAUAGAAGAAUACACUAGCAAUGAAGGGACUUCUUCAGAACUUGUGUGCUGUUCCGAUGUCCCCUGGUUUCAACUGAGAUGACUUCCUUUGCAUCUCAGGCUCCGGAGAGUUAAUUUAUGUGACAUACCGAAUGGCUGCUCUGUUGUUUUCUGUUUAAAAACAUGGACAAUGGGCUGAUUGAACAGUCGCUAGGUUUCACCGCGCCAUUUCACAGCAGGCUGGUUAAAGUGUUGGGGUCUGUUGAAAAGAUCCAUCCCAGAUAGGCAUCACCCUGCACCAUAACUCCUUUGGCUUAGAUCAGACCUCUUGGGCUGAGCACACCAACCCUUCCCAGGGCAUGAUCUAGCACAUUGACCCUGUCCGUGGAGGCAUUGACACAUAGAAAUGGACACCAGGCUCCAUUGGUAGCAGCGUGUGAGGGAUUCAUCCACACAGCUGACAAAAUUGGGCCCUUUCUGUUCCUUCCUAGGCCUAAAGUUGUAGCCUGGUAAGUUGUAGGUUCUUGGUCAGCUUCUUGGUCAUCCCUCAAGGAAUGUCCCUCCCAGGACCUUUACCACAUGGGGUCUCAGGGCACAUAGGUCCACUUUGGUAUUUUUUGUCUGGGUGGACAGGACGGGCCAUAGCACAUGCAAACAAAUGUAAUCCUCGCUUUUUCAGAAGACAUGUAGAGCUUCAUUCCCUAGAGUGUAAGUAGCAACCAGUUUGAAGGCCAUCUACUGAGGUGACCUGUUGACUCAAAUUGGACCUGCCAGCGAAGAGAGUAAAAUUCCUUAAGAAGCGAAUGGGAGUUAUGCACACAAAUCCUAUUAGUUGGUAAUGGGAUUUUUGCCAGCAUCUCUCCUGUCUGUCUCUUAAGACAUUUUUACCCAUCUGUAUCACAUCACCUCUGCUACUUUAGACUCCUUUGUUGGUUUGCAUUUGCUUCUUUGAUGCAAAUGGCAGCCCAAAUAUAUCCACCAAGGAAAACGCCAUUUGCCAGCCAAACCUGGCAGAGUCAGCCUUUGUCCUUAGCUGUGUAUUCUUUUUGUAAAGGUCUUGAGCAUUUUAGAGACGGGGGUGCAUUGGGGAAAUUAAUGCUUUAUAUUUUUAUUGAAAUGAAAUGAAAACAACGUCCAUGUGUAAAUAACGCACAAGUUAGAGUUGGGCAGCUUUGUAAUUUUGUAAAAUAUUCCUAGUUUGUUUUUAACUUUUCUGUUGUUUGGUAGAUUCCGUUUUCCUGACAGAAUUCAGUUUUUCCUCCAGGAGAGCCUUGUGGCCAUGUAGUCUUUUGGCAUCAGUGGAGCUGGUUUAUAACGCCCAAAUUGAGAUCAAACAAGAGUCGCAUCUCAUCAUCUCAAGGUUUGCCCGUACACUGAAGUGCCUUCUUACCAGUUUUCCUCCUUUCUGCUGCCCCCACCCACCCUUUUCGCUUUUCACGCCUUUUUGGGUGUGAAAUGACAAAUUAGCUACUUCCUCACAUGGAAGAAAGCUUUGAUGGAUACCAAAAACGACAGACUUUCCUUGUUUCUCAUGCAUUCUACUCAGCUUGGGAGCAAAGUCUAUGGGAAAGCCAUGUAAUUGGUGGGCCAUUCAUUAAAGCAAAUUCAUUAAAGCAUUGACUCUCAGCUCUGGAAAAAAUUA